AAUCCCACAAUACAUCGGGUUUCCAACAUGGCUGCAGGUGAAUAGGCUCUAUCUUCAGAGUGGGGUGGGGAAGUUUCUUUUUGUUCCCUCUUUUGAAUCAAGAGUGAACCAAGAUGCCGAAAGUGGUGUCUCGUAGUGUGGUGUGUUCCGACACCCGGGACCGCGAGGAAUACGACGAUGGCGAGAAACCUCUGCAUGUUUAUUACUGUCUGUGCGGACAGAUGGUGCUGGUCCUCGAUUGUCAUUUGGAGAAACUGCCCAUGAGACCACAAGACCGAGCACGUGUUAUUGAUGCAUCCAAGCAUGCUCAUAAAUUCUGUAAUAUUGAGGAAGAUGAGAGCAUUUAUCUUAGACGGUCAGAAGGGAUAGAAAAGCAAUUCAGGAAAAAAUGCGGAAAAUGUGGACUGCUCCUCUUUUAUCAGCACCAACAGAAGAAUACUCCCAUUACAUUUAUUGUGGAUGGUGCUUUGGUGAAAUUUGGCCAAGGAUUUGGCACCACAAGUAUAUACAGUCAAAAACAGGAACCGCCAAAGAAGGUAAUGAUGACAAAGAGAACCAAAGACAUGGGUAAAUUCAGCUCUGUCACUGUGUCCACCAUUGAUGAAGAGGAAGAGGAGAUCGAAGCAAGGGAGAUUGCUGAUUCCUAUGCACAAAACGCCAAAGUGAUUGAGAAACAGCUAGAAAGGAAAGGCAUGAGCAAGAAGAGGCUGCAGGAACUGGCAGAGUUGGAGGCUAAGAAAGCCAAGAUGAAAGGUACCCUGAUUGACAAUCAGUUCAAAUGAUCACCGUCAUAGACCCUUGGUGAAUUCUUCCUAUAAUCUUCGUGACAAGUGCUCAACCAGUCAUCUUCAGAGAUUCUGUUAUUUAGUGAAGCAGCUUUAAGUUAAAGAGGAUUACUUGUACCAUCCUUCAUUUAAUCUGUAGGGUCAAAAGAUGGGUAAGGAGAAGGAAUAAUUUGGAGAAUGUAUUGACAUUCUAUUAAGACUGUGGUUUGUAUCACAAAGGACUGUCAUGCAUUUAUUAUUUACAUUUGUACAGUAGUAAUCUAAGCGCAUGCAUCACGUAAUUGAUAUCACCUUAGAUAAACAGUAUACAAAUGUAUUUGUCUACUUUAUUUUAAUAAAUUAUUUUUUCACUGCCUUGA